CCAGGUCCUCUGAGCUGCCGACGAACUCACUUGGUGCAGAGGAACACCAUCGCCAUGCAGAAGAAGGAAAUGGAUAAGGAAAUCGCGGAGACGGUUGAAGACGAGAAGACAUGGGAGGUGACAUGGGGAACAUUUGGGAGAGAGCUGAAGAAGGAAGGCUCUAUAGCUGCUCCAAUGGUGGCGGUCUCAGUGUUGCAGUAUCUUCUGCAGUUUGUUUCCAUGAUAAUGGUUGGGCAUCUUGAUCAGCUCUCUCUCUCUAGUGUUGCCAUUGCCAUUUCUCUCACCAAUGUCACUGGUUUUAGCCUGCUUUCGGGAAUGGCUGGUGGAUUGGAAACUCUAUGUGGGCAAGCAUUUGGAGCAGGACAAUAUCACAAACUUGGAACUUACACUUGCACUGCAAUGCUCUCUCUUCUCUUGGUUUGCCCCCCAAUAUGUGUCCUCUGGAUUUUCUUUGACAAAUUGUUACCCUUAGUAGGCCAAGACCCCCUAAUAUCCCUUGAAGCACGCAAAUACUCUGUUUGGCUGAUCCCGGCACUAUUUGCUGGUGCAAUUCUCAAACCGUUAACUCGCUACUUGCAGUCUCAGAGUUCAAUUUUUCCAAUGCUCCUGUCCUCCUUUGCCAUUCUACUUUUCCAUAUACUUGCAAGUUGGGGUUUUGUAUAUAAGGUGGGCUUGGGAAGCAAAGGUGCAGCCAUUGCCUUUAGCAUGUCCACUUGGUUGUAUGUGAUAUUGCUGUUGUUCUAUGCUUUAAUUUCUUCCGCGUUUGAGAAGACCCGUAUUACAUUUUCUAUGGAGUCUCUUCUCCACAUUCGACAGUUCUUUCGCUUAGCUGUCCCUUCGGCUGUAAUGGUUUGUCUUAAAUGGUGGUCAUGUGAGCUGAUUAUUUUGCUGUCCGGCCUUCUACCAAAUCCGAAGCUGGAGACUUCAGUACUUUCCAUAUGCCUUACAAUCUCUACAUUGCACUUCACCAUAUCAUACGGAUUCGGAGCUGCUGCGAGCAUUCGGGUGUCAAAUGAAUUAGGAGCUGAUAAUCCACAAGCAGCUCGAGUGGCUGUUUGGGCUGCCAUGUUUCUUUCUGUCACCGAGGCAGUUAUUGUGAGCACAACUCUCUUCUUCUGCCGCCAUGUUUUGGGGCAUGUUUUUAGUAGUGAGAAGCCGGUCGUCGAUUAUAUUGCAGUCAUGGCACCUCUCAUUUGCCUCUCAGUUUUUAUGGACAGCUUACAAGCGGUUCUUUCAGGGAUAGCUAGAGGAAGUGGAUGGCAGAGUAUAGGGGCAUAUGUGAAUCUUGGGGCAUUUUAUCUAGUUGGACUUCCAGUGGGUGUUGUGCUCGGAUUUCCUCUACGCUUAAGGGGAAAGGGCCUUUGGAUUGGAAUUGUGGCCGGAUCCAUUGUGCAAUCAGCUCUUCUUGCUCUUGUCACAGGUUUCACCAAUUGGUCAAAACAGGCAACGAGGGCAAGGGAGAGGGUAUUCGUGGAGAGGUUAUCAGAAGACAGCGAAGCAAAUUGAAUUAAAAAGAAAAAAGAACUUUUAAAGUCAGCUUCUUGGAGCAGUUUUAUUUGCUUGUGUUUGCAGUCUUAAUUACAUCAUCUUUGCUCAAAUUAAUCAGAAGGCAAGAAAAAAAUGAAAGUUUAACACAUACAAUUGGCUCCAUUCCAAUUUGUCCAGCAUGAUAAACAUAAGAAGAUCAAGUAAAUUUCGGUGGACCGGAUAAAAA